GCUGUCCUCAUGUGCUGCUCCACCGUAUCUGUCCAAAUCCGGCCGCGCCGUCAGAUGAUGAUCGAGUAUGCAGGUCUUAUAUAUACUGAUUUAUUCAAAGUCAGCAAGCUAAGAAUGUGUGUUACCUACCCAUAUCCUCUCUGAUUAUUAGCUAGCGAUUUCAAUAUUUGCAGGCCCUGUCUUCUGACUAUAAAUACAGGCACAGAUCAUUUGGACCAGUGAAGCAGCAGAAUCACCCAUACAUCUCAUUUUUACUCAUCUCGACCUGUCACAUUCCAGCUAGCGAUCACAGGUAGGGAGAAGGAGAGGGAGAUCGAUGAUGGUGGCUGCAGGCAAGAGCAGGGAGGAGCGGUGGAGCCUCGCCGGCGCGACGGCGCUCGUCACCGGCGGCAGCAAGGGCAUCGGGCAUGCGAUCGUGGAGGAGCUGGCCGGGUUCGGGGCACGGGUGCACACGUGCUCCCGCAACGCGGCGGAGCUGGAGGCGUGCCGCCGGCGGUGGGAGGAGAAGGGGCUGCAGGUCACCGUCUCCGUCUGCGACGUCUCGGUGCCCGCGGACCGUGAGAGCCUCAUGGCCACCGUCACGGCGAGCUUCGACGGCAAGCUCGACAUCCUGGUGAACAACGCGGGACAGACGCUGUUCAAGACCGCCGUGGAGAGCAGCGGCGACGACUACGCGCGGAUCAUGGCGACCAACCUCGAAUCGUGCUUCCACCUCAGCCAGCUGGCGCACCCGCUCCUCCUCGCCGGUGGCGGUGGCGGCAGCGUGGUCCACAUCUCCUCCGUCGCCGGAUCCAUCGGGAUGCCGGCGCUCGCCGUCUACUCCAUGACCAAGGGCGCCAUGAACCAGCUCACUAGGAGCCUCGCCGCCGAGUGGGCCCGCGACGGCAUCCGCGUCAACUGCGUCGCACCUGGCGGCGUCAAGACUGACAUCAGCAGUGAUAAGACGAUAGACCCAGAGCUGGUGAAGAAGGAGAUGGCGCGGCUGCCCAUGGGGAGGAUCGCCGAGCCGGAGGAGGUGGCGUCCAUGGUGGCCUUCCUCUGCAUGCCGGCGGCGUCCUACAUGACCGGCCAGGUCAUCUACGUCGACGGCGGCCGCACCAUAACUUAAUUAGCAACCAUUGGCGCUGUUCAUGUGUGCCUAGUGAAACCGGCUGUGCAGGCAAGGCAUAAUAUAAAUUGCAAUUACAUCCAUCAUAUGGACCGUGUAAUAAUCUAUCUUUUUAUCUACUUUGAAUGUAUCUGAUUAUGUAUUCUCCAAAAGCAUUUGGCUCGAAACUUUCGCCGUUAAUGUUCAUGAUUCUCCGGUCCUCAAA